GGAGAGGGAGCCUAAAAGCCCAGGCGCUGGACGGUGGGCCGCCAGCCCAGCAUGUCCCCAAAGCUGAGUGCGUGCUGGGUGGCGCUGGGCCCGCUGCUGUGCAGCUGCGCUCUGGCGCUGCAGGGCGGGAUGCUCUUCCCCAGGGAGAGCCCGUCGCGGGAGGUCAAAGCGCUGGACGGACUGUGGCGCUUCCGCGCUGAUUUCUCGGAAAACCGGCUGCAGGGAUUCGAACAGCAGUGGUACAGGCAGCCGCUGCGGGAGUCCGGCCCAACUUUGGACAUGCCAGUCCCUUCCAGCUUCAAUGACAUCACCCAAGAGGCCCGGCUUCGGAACUUUAUUGGCUGGGUGUGGUAUGAGCGGGAAGCAAUCCUACCACAGCGAUGGACCCAAGACUCCGAUAUGAGAGUGGUGCUGAGGAUCAACAGUGCCCAUUACUACGCUGUUGUGUGGGUGAAUGGGAUUCACGUGGUGGAACAUGAAGGGGGUCACCUCCCCUUCGAAGCUGACAUCAGCAAGCUGGUCCAGAGUGGGCCCCUGACCACCUGCCGGGUCACCAUUGCCAUCAACAACACACUGACCCCUCAUACCCUGCCACCAGGGUCCAUCAUCUACAAGGCUGACACCUCCAUGUAUCCUAAGGGUUACUUUGUCCAGGACACAAACUUUGACUUCUUCAACUAUGCGGGACUGCACCGGGCUGUGGUCCUCUACACCACCCCUACCACCUACAUCGACGAUAUUACUGUGACCACUAACGUGGAGCAAAACAUUGGGCUGGUAAAUUACUGGAUUUCCGUCAAGGGCAAUGAACAUUUCCAGUUAGAAGUUCGUCUUUUGGAUGAGGAUGGCCAAGUCGUGGCCCAGGAAACAGGGGACCAGGGUCAACUUCAGGUGCCAGGUGCCAACCUUUGGUGGCCAUACCUGAUGCAUGACCAUCCAGCCUACCUGUACUCCUUGGAGGUGAGGAUGAUGACAGCUGGGCCUGUGUCUGACUUCUACACCCUCCCUGUCGGGAUUCGAACAGUGGCUGUCACCGAGAGCAAGUUCCUCAUAAACGGGAAACCUUUCUAUUUCCAUGGUGUCAACAAGCACGAGGACUCGGAUAUCCGAGGGAAGGGCUUCGACUGGCCGCUGUUGAUGAAGGAUUUCAACCUACUCUAUUGGCUUGGUGCCAACUCCUUCCGUACCAGCCAUUACCCCUACUCCGAGGAGGUUCUUCAGCUGUGUGACAGAUACGGAAUCGUGGUCAUUGAUGAGUGCCCCGGUGUGGGCAUCGUGCUGCCCCAGAGUCUUGGCAAUGAGUCUCUUCGGCACCACCUGGAGGUGAUGGAGGAGUUGGUACGCAGGGACAAAAAUCACCCUGCGGUUGUGAUGUGGUCUGUGGCCAAUGAGCCUUCUUCUGCUCUGAAACCUGCCGGUUAUUACUUCAAGACGCUGAUCACCCACACCAAAACCCUGGACCCCACCCGUCCUGUGACCUUUGUGACCAACACCAAAUAUGAUGCAGACCUGGGGGCCCCGUACGUGGACGUGAUCUGUGUGAACAGCUACUUCUCCUGGUAUCAUGACUAUGGGCAUCUGGAGGUGAUCCAGCCGCAGCUGAAGAGCCAGUUUGAGAACUGGUAUAAGACUCACAAGAAGCCGGUUAUCCAGAGCGAAUAUGGAGCAGAAGCAAUCGCAGGGUUUCACGAGGAUCCACCUCUCAUGUUCAGUGAGGAGUACCAGAAAGCUCUCCUGGAAAACUAUCAUUCGGUUUUCGAUCAGAAACGAAAAGAAUAUGUGGUUGGAGAGCUCAUUUGGAAUUUUGCUGACUUUAUGACCAACCAGACACCGACUAGAGUAAUAGGGAACAAGAAGGGGAUCUUCACUCGCCAGAGACACCCCAAAAACGUGGCAUUUAUUUUGCGAGAGCGAUACUGGAGGAUUGCCAACGAAACCAGACAUCACCAUUCAGUGCCAAGGACGCAGUGUUUGGGAACCAGACCAUUCACAUUCUAAAGCCAGAACUACCUCACUGCAGGCCCAACCUCUGAUGAAGUGAGACACAGUUUCUCAACAGACCAGGUGUUCUCACAGGUCCUGACUCUAGAGAUUUUUACUCUGGAUUUUGUGAUCUGCUAAUAGGGGACAUUAGAAGUGACAAUAAAGCUUCUCUUGUAUGGGAAUAAUAA